ACCUUCGAUUCUCUAAUUAGUCCUCCACUGUCCUCCAACGUGUCGCGGGUGAAUUGGACGCGUUUCUUUCUGUCUUGUUCGUCCCCUUUUCGCUCGACUACGUUGACGCAACCGAGUCGUCACGGUCGGCUCUAUUCACCAGCGUCCCGGUAAUGGCAGGAGAUGAAGACCUUCUCAUCCGGCCCCUGCGGGACGUGGUCUCGAUCGGGAAGAACGCUGUGGCCAGCACCACCCUUGUCCCUCUCCAUGUCCCCGGGUCCGCGGGCCAUGCCGAUCCCAUCGCCAGCGCCGCACACGCCCUGCUUCGAGAAGGCCAGCGCGCACUGAACAAGGUGCAGAGUAUCUGGCAGGACCAGGCGAGCAAGUACGACGAUGGCGUUCGGGAUGCGAUCGUGCAACAAGCCUCCAUUGAGAAAAAGCGUUUGCAUCUUGAGGAUCUCCUCCGGAAUUUUCAUGGUUCUACCCAGUUAGAGGAAAUUGAUCAGGCAAGAUAUGUUGCCCUCCGCGCAGCAGCCAGGGCGCUCGCCCUCGAUGUUGUUGAAACUGCAAAUCGGCUCCAGCUGGAGACCACGGCGCCUGCAUUGCCGCCAGGCGGGUUCCCUCCUCUACCCCCCCUACCAUCUCGGCCAGAGACGCGGGCUGGUCCCGGAUCUCGUCCGCAAUCCGCCCACUCCACCCGCCCAAGAGCUCCGUCAAAAGCGAACACAACCCAUAGAGGUGCGGGGCAUCGAUCUCUUGAACUGAGCGAGCCUGCGCGGCAGCGUCCGGGAGUCCCCCGGCGUUUGUCGGCUUCGUCAAACGAGAUGUCCGCCGAGGCAAUUGCAGCACACCGGUCUCAGUCAAGCCAACAUGCCGAUGCCUGUUCGCCUUGCCAAACAAACCCACACGACUCCUACUCCUUCACACCUCCCACUUCUCCAACCGCGGACCCGGAAGAAUUACAAAUUGGCAGCCUCACACCGGUUACAUUGGAACGCAGGAGGACUUUUGACUCUCCUCCCAGCCCAGGCAUCACCGAAACCAGCAGGUCCGUCAUGUCAACCGCCAGUAUAUCCUCGUCGGCCGUACUGGCCAGCCUAGACUCUGUGGUCCUUGAGGAGGAAACCAAUGGACCGGACUCUGCAAUCAUGGAUGAAUCAAGAGCCUCGGUGCCGCCUCUUGUAUCGAGAAACAGCAGCGCAGAAUCCGGUAAGAUUGGAUUCGACGAUAUGUUGAGGGAAUCUGGCUACAACAGUGACUGGCGCAAGUCGCGGCCGGAAACUCCCCGGGCCCCUGACUGCGCAAUACGCGAAGACAGCACAUAUUACAAAUUGAAGGGACUUUGCAGGGGUGCCACCAGGUUUAGGAAGGAUGGGCACUGGGGGAGCAUAAAGCUCACUUCCGAGUAUGACCAUGGCGUUACUGCUACGGGAGCUGGUGCGGGUGACAUGCUGAGGGCAUCUGACGGCAUCAUAGUCCCCUUUCAGUACGAAGUAACCAUGGUCGGGGCGUGCGGUGACUGCGGAUACGCUCACAGUUUAGACGACGUUGAGCUCGACAAGGGAAAUAAGCCCGAAGCGAUUCGCACCUCCGAGUCCGGGGCCCGUUACCGCUUGCGGCUCCUCUUCAAAUCCCACCUCCGGCAAAGAAGCAGCGCGGAAACGCACUACGCCUGCCUCUGGUGCGUGCAGGCGGGCGCCUGCACCAGAGAAGGAGACGCCACCGUCUUCCGGUCGCCGGACGACCUCCUGCGCCACCUCGCGCGCCACCCCCAACCGCUCGCCUCCAUAGCCGGCGUCUCAGUGUGCUACGGCAAACUGCCGGACUCGGCGCCUCUGGAAUUCGACCUACACCUUCCCGAGACCCCGAUCCCCGUGCCGAUGCCGGAGAACGUGGCCAGGCUGCCGACGGCAAUCGCCGUAAAAGAUCACUACCGUCGUCCUGGAAGGGGGAAGCUAGACAAACCGCCGAGAUACGAGGCGGACAUGCUCGAAUUCAUGGAGGGCGCCUGCGUCGUGGGAGUCAUGUUCCCUGAAAAAUGGGGAGGGAAGUAUUGCCUCGGGAGACACGACGGCGAUUUCGGAGCAUUCCCGGCAAAGGCCAUCGAGUUGCGGCCCCCGCAGGAGACAGAGAUACCGGCUGGUGGGGAGAGCGGCAUGAGCGUGACGGCGAGAUGGAAGUGGCAGCCACCAGAGACUGCAGGAGCGCCAUGGCUAUCAUUUGGUAAAGGGGAGGUCAUCACGAACGUGCAGUGCCUCUAUGCAGACUACUGGUGCUGGUCAGGCACGAACAGCAAGGGGAAGACAGGAGUGUUCCCCCAGUGUUUUAUCGACCUGCAGACGUUGAGAGGACAGGAGCCCGUCGCAAAGAAGCAGAGCAGGGGAAGGAGUUUCUUCGGAUCUCGAACCAAGGGGAAUGCCGCAUCCAAGAGUAAUACUGCCGGUCACUCAGAGUCGGCGGCGUCAUAGAGUUAAGAAAUAAGACCCCGAUACCCGGGGUGCAUCAUAUUAUCAGAUUACGCCAAAAGCCGAGACUGAUCAAUCCCGGUUGCUAUG